AUGUCGAUCAUCAUGCGCCAAGAGCUCGAGUCCGACGCCCAGAUCGAACGCUACGUCCGCAAGGACAAUGGCCGAGUACCACUGCGUUACGUGUACCGAUCGACGUUCAUCGCGCUCACGACGUUGUCGAAUGGCGUCCGCAGUCGCGGCACGUCCGACGCUGAAGAAGGUGCGGCGGGCGGCACGGCGGCCUUGCAUAAGACAACGAUCGGUCCACUCGGGGACAUGCACCCGUCGGUCGUCACGCCGUGUGAGCGUGAGCACGCCCGCCGAAGCCCGUCGCAGCUCGAGCAGAAGGAGCAGGAGUUCGCCGCCAAGAAGCAGCAGAUCGCAGCCGACAAUGCCCGCGGGUCGCGCAUCGACAAGAGCUUCCUUUCGCACACGGACGCAUCGUCCGAAGCCGAGUUCAAGCGCCAGACGAUCGGGCUCGUGACCGCUGCAGAGUACCGAAAGCGCCGCGAAGACUGCCUCGCGCCGCCAGAACCUGCCCUUGAAGCCACCAAGACUGGUGAUGCGUCGGUAGUCAAGCCAGCGCCAAAGAAGAAGAAAAAGAAGGCGACCAUGUCCUUCUCACUCGACAGCGACGACGAGACGGACGCGCCUGCGAAGCGAAAGAAGCUCAAGUGUCACGACGUCUGCCUGGCAGCGUGUCAACAACGUACUGCCUGCCAUGAAGCUCGCGCCCAAGGUCGCCUCGGAUGCAAGAGACGCGCUCUUCAGAGUGAUGCGCUCGUUCGUGUCUGGCGCGGUUUUUGCACCAAGUGCAUCUCAGAGUGACGAGGCGCCAAAAGCAAACGAGGUUUCGCAGCUCGUAGCUCUCCUCCACUACGCAGAAGAAGCGCGAGCUCGACGCGGCUCGGCUUUCUCCUAGAUGCAUUUGCUCCUUAUACGCCUUUCACAGCUCGAGCACACCACCGACCUGCACAACCAACAAGCUCCAGUCGACCGACCAUCCACACGGCCGGCGUUGGCCACCGAGAUGAGGCGGCUCGUUCUUCUCGACGAAAUACCUCCUUUAGAGAGGCCACUGCCCGGCGCUGGAAGCCAUCGGGUCGCGCAUGCUUGCGAGGUUGACGACGGACCCCUCACGCUGUCGCUCGUUCGUGCGAAGAACCAGCAUUUGCUUUUCACGCGCGUAGAAGCCGUCGCUCGUAUUUGUGCGCGCGCGGCGAUUGUUUGUCGACACGAAAACGAAGGUUGAGGGCCCAG